GGCGGCGCUGGCAGACACGGGCUCCGCGGCGCUGCUCUGAGUGCAGAGUGAAGCCACCCAAGCUGCCUUCCAAACAAACUUGCGUGUCAGGAAUCGGGCGUGGCCUGAGCUCCUGUUAAGUAACGAUGACCCCGGCAUGCUUAUAAAGGAAGGGAGGCAGCUCCCCAGCUAGCUGUGCCUCAGAGCCCAGGGCCAGCCACCGCCGAGCGCUUCGCGUCUCCUUGGGAGCUCAGGUCCAGUUCCCACUUGUGACCACACGUGGCCAUGCCAGCGACUGUGGUGCUGCUUUCAGUCCUGUUCGGGCUCCUCCGCACCUCUGAGGGGCAAACGUUUCGCUUGGGGCGAUGCCCGGAAGCCCCCGUCCAGGAGAACUUUGAUGUUUCCAAGUAUGUGGGGAAAUGGUAUGAGAUCGAAAAGCUGCCUGCGUCCUUUGAGAAGGGAAUCUGCAUCCAGACCAACUACGCACUGAUGGACAAUGGGAAGAUUAAAGUGCAGAAUCAAGAGCUGCGCUCUGAUGGGACAAUUCAUCAAAUUGCGGGGGAGGCUACCCAGGCAGAUGACGAGCCAGCCAAGCUGAAAGUCAGAUUUUCCCAAUUCAUGCCAUCUGCCCCUUACUGGGUCCUCUCCACUGACUAUGGAAACUACAGUGUGGUGUAUUCCUGCACUAAUUUUAUCUCGUUCUUCCACGUUGAGUAUGCCUGGAUUCUGUCAAGAACUCGCCAGCUGCAGCCAGAAACUGUGGAACGUCUGAAGGGCCUUCUCCGCUCCUACAAUAUUAACACUGAGACAAUGAAGCCAGCUGUUCAAAUGAACUGUCCUCCUGAGAAGUAGCUUCUACUGUUUAAGAGAACAAGACCAGGCUAGUUCUGAACUCUUUUGCUUUCUUAGUGUUGGUUUCUUAAUUGAGAAUAACAAGCCCUGUUGCUAAUGCUAGAUUGUAAACCCUGCCUGUAAUUCCUGCAAGUGACAGCAGUUAAGGAAUGUCGGUACGCUGUCUGUGCAACCUCUGUCAUGUAUUUGGAGAUGCCUGAGUAAAUUCUGUCAACGCUC